UGUUAAUAGAAUAGGGUAAUUAAUAAUAUAAGAAGCCAUAGCCCACUGCUUUCUCCCAUGCACUUGUCGUGCUCUCUCCCAACAUCACUUCUCUACUUCUCGUCGGGGCUUUCCUUAUCUCUCUCUCCAUAACUUGUCUCAUAAUUAACACUACCCCGAUAUUCUCUCAUCUCUCUCUCUCUCUCUCUCUCCUCACAAUUAAAAUUAACUCACUUAUAUAUAUAUAUAUAGCCACACCCCUCAACUUCCCUCUCACAAUAUAACUAGCUAGCUUUAUAUAGUUCAUUACUUGUUCUCUGACAAAACCCACACUGACUUUCUCUCUAUCUACCCAUAAAUAUAUUCAACCAAAACAAAUAAGAAAGGAACUGAUAUAUUUAUAUAUCUAUAGCUAGCAUUACUUAUAUAUAUACUAGUGGCCUGAUUAUAUAUAUCGAUCCAACAAAUUAAUAUUAUGUCUAGCAGAAGAUCGCGUUCAAGACAGUCGGGUGUUUCAGUUAAUAACAACAUCACUGAUGAUCAGAUCACCGAUCUCGUUUCCAAGUUACAACGCCUUAUUCCUGAGAUUCGCAACAGACGCUCUGACAAGGUAUCGGCUUCAAAUGUAUUGCAAGAGACUUGUAACUACAUUAGAAAUUUACACAGAGAGGUAGACGACCUGAGUGAUCGACUAUCGGAGCUCUUGGCGACCACAGAUAACAAUAGUGCUCAAGCUGCAAUUAUUAGAAGUUUACUUAUGUAAAUCACUAUUGCACUUUUAGUACUAACUCUUCUAGUCCCAAUAUAUAAUAUUUAUAUAUCUAUCGUUUCAUAUAUAUAAAUAUAUGUUUUUGUUUCUAUUUUAUUUUAUUUCAUUUUUUAUACAUGUACUCUAAUCAAUAUCGGUUAUUGGAUGGGUACGUGAACGAUUGAAACUGUCUCAUUAAGUAUUGAGUCUAUAUAGUAUAAUGUAAUGGCUAAU